AAAAAUCCACUCGUCUUUGGUGACUAGCAUGCGACUUGACGUUAGCACGGCAGCUAACGCUAAUUACGAGGAAAGCAGUGAAACUGUGGAGGAAAAAAUAAGAAUAUUUGACCCAUAAAUCAACAAAACGCGCUUUGAGAUGAAUCCCAGGGGACGACUUCUACUUCGUAACGUUAUUUCAUCUCGCUAACAACCCGUUUAGCCAGCUAACGUUGUAUUAUUUACAGCUAACAGGUUAAAAAGCAGCUAUGUUUACAGAGCUCAACAGCAUCUUGAACACCACUCCCGACAGCUUCACGCAGGGGGACUUUAUCCUGCUCUCCGACAGACAGAGUGAUGCCUCUUUCCUUAUUCACCACUUCCUGUCUUUGUAUCUACGAGCACGCUGCAAAGUGUGGUUUCUGGGUCUGGUGCAGUCCUUCAAUCAUUACAGCGCAAUAAGCCAGAGACUGGGUGUGAGCCUCACGCAAGCCAAGGAAAAGGGUCAGCUGGUGUUCUUGGAGGGACUGAACGAGUCGCUGUCGGUUUUGAUUCCUCGAGAAGCCGACACGGGAAGUGAAGCCAUGGGCUUCCUCAGGGAUCCUGCUGUCGGCCUGAAGAGUCUCUACGAGUUUGUCCGGACCAGUGCCACCAGUUCUGGCGGCGGGGAGCCGGAGCCGGAGGAGUGGGGGCCCCCGGUGCUGCUGGUGGACGACCUCAGCGUGCUGCUGAGUCUGGGGGCGAGCGUCGGCGCCGUGCUGGACUUCAGCCACUACUGCCGAGCCACCGUCUGCUCCCAGCUGCAGGGCAACGUGGUGAUGCUGGCGCGCUGCGACGGGGAAGAAGAAGAGGAGGACGGAGACGACGGAGGCUCGGAGAGGCUUCUGAGGGGCCUGACCCACCAGUGUAGCCUCACUCUUCAUGUACAGGGUCUCCCCACUGGCUACUGCAGGGACAUACACGGGCAGGUGGAGGUGUGCUGGAGGAGGAGACGAGGUGACGGGCGGUGCACGCAGAAGAAACUCUUUCAGUACAAGGUGCACGACAAAGGCGCCUCCUUCUUUGCUCCCGGGACGUCCAGCGCCGUUCUCUAGUUCCACCGUUAAAGCGGCCUCGUUUUUUUUUUUGUGCCUUUUUUGUCUCGUUUUACACACGGCAACUGACUGUUAUGUUUUAAUAUCACCGGACAACGCACACACACACACACACACACGCGCUGGACUGUUUUCAGGGAGCCGGACAAAUUCACCAACCGUCCUUUUUUACGUUUGGAUGCUCGCCGCGGCGUCAACGACGCGCAGCCCCGGACGCCGGGGCGGUCUGCAGGAAGGACGCCGCCAUCCUUCCUCUGAAUCCCUGCCCGCUUCUCUUACUUUCACAUAUUCAAUUAAGUGAAACGAGAAAAACAAAAUGACAGUUGAGUUUUGAUUCAUCAGGCUGGUUUUGCUGAAGGUAUGACUCGUGAUGGCGAGUGGACAUUAAUGGACCGACUGAUUCAGAAUUGUUUAUUUGCCAAGUACAACAAAUAAGCGACCUCAAGGUGCACGUACAAGGAAUUUGACAAGGUGAAAGGUGCGUAACAAAACAUAGAAAUAGAAUAAAACAAUAAACAUUUAAUUUAAGAUAAUAAUUAAAAUAUAUUGUUGACCAAUAAACAAAAAGGGAGUGCUUGGUACAUGAAUAACUACAUAAUAUGACUAUUCUUACCACUGAAUGGAUUUUUGUUAGAGUAAAAAUAAAAAAAAUAAUAAAGCGUAA